UAAAACAUGUCGUGCUCAGAUUGCAUGUUGCACUCUAAACUUGUUGAACUAAAUUUUUUCAUCUUGAUUGCAAUGCAUUGCUUUGCUGCACUCUAAGGUGGUUGAACUGAAUUCUUUCAUCUUGUUUGAGAUGUGCACUAAAAAGAACAAGUGUUGUUUAGAUCGUGUUCAUCAAGAGAGAAUUAUUUUUUAGAUUUUUGAAGAUGAUCCAUUUGUGAAUAUGGAAUAUAAUGAGAUACAAAUAGCUUAUUUAUUAUGAAGAUGAACUAUCAUCAACCGCAUGCUAAACAUUAGUUUAUGUUUUUUAUAUCUUAAAUCACUUGUUUCAUCGAGAACAAGAAGAGAUACAAAGUCGACAAAUGGAAAACAAGCAAAACCAAAAGUCAAAACAUAACAGAACAACAAGAGAGAAAAAUCGAUUUUUCUAGCAACCCAAUUACUUGAAUGACCAAUAAACUUCAUUGGAAGAAAAAAAAGAAAGGAAAUGCGGUCAUUUACGAAAAGAUAUGGCCCAAAUCAAGUUUGUCAAUCAACGGUUGCCCAUCUCGAGAAUUCCAUCAAAAGCCGCACGUAGGAAUAUAAUUGGUUCACGUCAAAACACAAGGUAUCGCUUAAUAACUCGAAAGAAAACUUAUACAAACCACAAAUUUUCCUUAUUUGAUUGUGCUACUUUUUCUAAAUAAGUUCAACUAAAUAGAUGUAACUCUCUACUAAAGAAAUGAACUUGAUAUGAUAAAGCAAGGGUACAUACACCAACUUUAUUUUUUUUGGAAGAACAAAACCCACUGAGACUUUAGUUGAAGAACAUUUAUGAUUUUCCAUGUGAUAUUUUCCAUAAAUGUCAAAUCCAGUUGGGGUACACUUCUAUCAUAUCUUUAUGUAACCUUUCUCUUGAACAUUCCCUAAAAUGGUGUUCUAGACUACUACAGAGUACACAGUCUUGCCCUUGGACCCCUAGUCCAUUGAAGUUUUGGUCUUUUUCCACAGACCUGACGCCUGAAGGCACGUCUCUCUGCAAAUAGGGAAAGGCCGUUGUGCAGAGUGCUUCUUUUCCCACCAUAUUUUGCUUCUCACUGUCCUGACUUUCUUCUCAACUCAAGUCCGACCUAAAGCAAGAACGAGCUGCGACCUCUCUCUCUCGCGGGUCCAAAGAAACCCUUCGAAGAAGAGAAAGGGGAAAGGUCCUGUUGAUCACUCCAGAGAGGUUUUUGAAAUUCAGAACCGCAUUCCUGGUAAGUCCGCUUCCGCCAUUCUCUCUCUUCUUCUGCAAUGACUCCUGCCCAUUUCUCUGCUUCGAUCUUCUGCCUGAUUCUGGGAUACUUGUUCGCAGAUUUUCAAGGCCUGCUGGAGGUCAAAGCUUGCCGAGUUUAAUUUGUGUUCAGAGUCGUAUUGUUCCGGGAAAUGCACUGCAGAUUGAGGUAUAGCAUUUUCUUUUUCUUUCUGGCGUUACCCUAAUUUUUUGCAUUAGGUUAGUGGUAUCAUGCCCUCGAUGUGUAUCUCCGACUUGCUAGUUCAACUUUGGUGUAUGUGACUUCCACCUGUCCUGCAAAUCUGGACUUCCUCCCUUGAAAAAAAUAGAAACCCUCUUAGUCUUGCUCAUGUUUCUGCAUUGCUGAGGCUGAAUUUUGUUUCUUGUCCAGAGGAAGGAAUGAUCACAUGUCUCAACAAUUCGAGUUAUUGGUAUGAAUUAGUUAUUAACAUGGUGUCCGUCGCUACCUUAGCUGUGGAUUAAGCACAGGGUACAGUGGAUUUGAUCACAAACUUUAGGCACUUGACUUGGCUUUUGUUUAAGAAAGCAUGUAAAGGAAUUACGUAGAAUAGGUUUUGGACCUUACUGUACAACUACUCACGUUAUUGGGAUGACUUGUCACAUGAUUGUCUUUGAGAAUAGCAUUAACUUGUUUGUGUAAUUCCUUUUCCAUGUGCAGGAUUUCAACAGUGCCGAUCUUCUUGUAUUGUCAACCUUUUCCUGUUUGAAGAAAACAAUCUCCUCCAAUUUGUCUCUUUCAGCCAUCUGAGCUACGGUAUGUGCACCAGAAUUCUUAACCACUUCUCAUUCUUUAUAAUCCAUCAAUGAAGAGGAAAAUCAUAAUGACUUCUGUUAGUGUACGACUCCAACUCUAGAGCAGUACUAUUCAGUCUGUGUUGGAUGUCUGCUGUAUGUAGAUGCAAGUUACAGAAUAUCUUUUGUGGUUAUAUCGGUUAUCCAAAAGGGUUUUAGCCCCUUUGCUACCAUGUAAACAUAAGCUUAGACUUAGGACUUAAAUCACCGUAUCAUGCCACGACCAAUGUGUUGGCGCUUUACGGCAUAUGAAUGAAGAGUAGAAGCCAUUCUUAAUAAGAAAAAGUGACUGCCUUAGAAAUAUAGUUUACAAUCUAAAGAAGUAAGCAACGAAAGGCUAGCUAAUUAUCAUAUAAUUUCGAAAUCAGCGUCUUUCUGUUUGACUUGCUGCCAUAUCAUUGGUUCUUUUAGUUGUUUAAACUGUCUCUACUCUGUAAUAUUAUAGUGGUUCGUACUCUUUUUCUAUCAUAUUCUUCAACUUCUUUGGACUUCCAACUAUUAUUUUUUAAAUGCUUAAACUACUAAUUUAUUUUAAUAAUCUCCUUUCACCUUUCCCCAGGGUUUCACCUCUGCUUAUCAACGCUGUUGCUAUCCUUACUCAUGUGGCAAUAUGUUUUAGGGAGAAACUUUUAUGGUUUCUUUAUUCACUCGCGUGCAAUAAAUUUCUCUGCACAUUCUAUAUACAAUACCUGGUUUAGCAUGUCUUAAAGUCCAAGCCGUAACCAUUUCCAUAGUUAUAGGUCGAUCGCAGAGGAGAAAAGAAACAGAAUCAUGCUUUCAUAUGGUUGAAACUCAUCUGUUCACUGAUCUCUAUGCAUUGAACAGUGGUCAGAUAAAAGUAUUACCUACUCAUUGCACUACAUACUGCAGAUUAAAUGUAAAUUGCGUGAGUUGAAUGCUUAUGUGCCCUAUUUCUACAGAGGCAGAGGAUGCUAACUUUUUGGCUAAUUGUUGUGCAUCUCAUUGGUUCUUGUGAUUUAAAUUCUUGAAAUGACAUUGUUUUCUGUUGCACACAGGUCAGGAAUGUCGCACCACAUAGGAAAAGACAGUUGUGAUUCUGAGUUGAAAGAGUUGGAGGAUAAGUACUAUAGAAGACUGAAACGUGGAGAAUAUAAAACUAAAAGAUCCGAUUCAAAUUAUAGGUGUCCUUUCUGUUCCGGGAGGCGAGAUUAUGGUUUUAGGGAGCUUCUCAGACAUGCUGAUCGUGUUGGCAGAGAAUCUCAGAACAGGGAUCUAAGGGAGAAAGCUCAACAUCUUGCUUUGUCGAACUAUGUGGAUAAGUACCUUAGGCCAAAGCGUGUUUCACAUUCUAGCAAACAUGACUCCCACCGUCCAUUGAUGAGUGAUGAUCAGGGUAGAGAAAGGACUCCACAUCCUGCUUUACCAAACUCCGGGGAUAAGUACCUUUUGCCAAAGCAUGUUUCAGAUUCUUCAAGCAAACCUGACUCCCACCCUCCAUUGAGUGAUGAUCAGGGUAGAGAGGAAGUUCGACAGCUUGCUUCUCCAAAUGAUGAGGAUAAAGCUGCUAAGCGAAAGUAUGUUUCGGAUUCUGCAAGCAAAUGUGAAUCCGGACCUGCAUUCCGUGAUCAUCAGGAUAGAGAGAGACUUCAUCCUCCGGGUUCACCUAACUUUGUGGAUAAGUACGCUAGGCCUAAGCAUGUUUCAGAUUCUUCAAGCAAACCUGACACCCACCCUCCAUCGAGUGAUGAUCAGGGUAGAGAGAAAGUUCAACAUCUUGCUCCGGCAAACUAUGGGGAUAAAAUCUCUAAGCCAAAUCAUGUUUCAGAUUCUGCAGGUAAAGCUGACUUCCGCCCUCCAUUGAAGGAUGAUCAGGGUAGAUUUGUUUGGCCAUGCAUGGGCAUUGUCGCAAACAUCCCAACUGAGGUAAAAGAUGGGCGGCGAGUUGGAGAAAGUGGCUCGAAACUCAGGGAUGAAUUGACUACAAAAGGGUACAAUCCUAUGAGGGUGCAUCCGCUAUGGAACCGUAUGGGCCAUUCAGGGUUUGCCAUUGUCGAGUUCAGCAAAAAUUGGGAUGGCUACAAGAAUGCUCUCAUGUUUGAGAAGCAUUUUGAGCUCGAAAGACGUGGAUGGGCAGAUUAUCAUGGUCGAUUUCGGAAUAGACGAGGAAAUGAACUGUAUGGAUGGUUUGCACGAGAUCGUGACUAUUACUCCAGGGAAAUUUAUGCUAAUUAUCUCAAAGACAAGGGAGAUUUAAGAAGUGUCUCCGAUGUUACAGCAGAAAAUGACAGGAAGGAUUCAAAACUUUUUUCUUCCCUGAAAAACACAUUGGAGGUCAAGCACGAGAACCUAAAGAAGAUGGAGGAGAAGUAUGAAGAUACAAAACUGUCUAUUGAGGAUGUACUGAGUCAGAAGGAGUCUAUGACUUCGCUGUACAAUGAAGCGAUAUCCAAGAUGCAGCAGGAUGUGCGUAAUGAUUUCCAAAAGAUUUUACUGGAGCGAGAGAGAACAAAGCAUGAUUUGGAAGCUCAAAGAAGAGAACUGCACGAGCGGGAGAAGCAUUUGCACGAGCGGGAGAAACAUAAUGAAUAUGAAAUACAGAAACUGAAGCGGGAGAAAGAAAUGAACGAGAAAGCAAUCUUGGAGCAGAAGAAAGAAGAAGCUAAAGCGUUAAAAUUGGCUCAGGAGCAUCAGAGGGAGAAAGAGAACCUGCACAAGAAAAUUUUCGAGUUGGAAAGCCAACUGGAUGCCACACAAGCAGUGGAGCUCGAGAUAGAGCAGCUAAAGGGUGCAUUGCUGGUUCUUGGACACAUGGACGAAGACGAUACCCCAGAAAGCCGCAAGAAGAAGGAAGAAAUCAGAGAGAAGCUGGCGGAGAAGGAGGAAGAAUUGGAAGACUUGGAGGAUCUGAAUCAAACUCUUAUCAUCAAGCACAAAAAAGUUGAACAAGAACUCGAGGAAGGCCGCAAGGAGUUGAUCAAUGGGUUUUUGAGUUCCGGAACAAGUGGAAGAGCGAAUAUUGGCGCAAAGAGAAGUGGAGGUGCAAAGGCGAGUAGCAAGGGCAAGCGUGCCCUGUUGAAUGAACCAGCAGAGCUUUGGCAUUUCAAGGAGGAUAGAGAGGCUGCGUUUACAGAGGGGAUUGAUUACAUAAUGAAAAGUUGGAAGCGGUUAAAAUCGGCGAAGAGUAGUAAUGCGUUUGUCUUUGGGUGAGAUAGUUCAGUGUUGGGGAAGGCCAUGUCAGGUUCAAAUUACAUUUUGAUUCAAGCGGGCAUGACGAAGAAACCUAGUAGAGAAGGGUUCUAAUUACAUUUUCUCCUUAUCAAACAAGAUCAGAACCACUAUUUUGUAAUCUCUAUAAACAGAGGACUAUAUAUAGAUAUACCUAAAACGAUCUUUUUUUAUAGAUAUUUUAUUGACAUUGAGAACUUUUGUUUGAAAUUUGUAGUGAAAUCGAUUAUCGUUUGAAGAGGUUAUUGACCUUAUCUAAUAGCUUAUCGUACUAGUUGUGAGUCUUGUAACAUCUUAGGUUUGCAAUGAUGCUAUGUUGAGUUAAUUUCUUCAUUUGUGCUUAAUUUUCGCUUUGUUGCGUACUUUGAUUACAGUAUAAUUUGAAGAGCAGGAGGAGUGUUGACCUAUAUCACCGCAUCGAAAUCAAUGACUAGGGAAAGUUUUGUUUUUGCAUAUCAAGUCGGAAACUUUAUGGGUUGAUCUCACUCAUUCCAAGUUAUCCAAACUGGGCAACCUCACCGUGCAAUGCAACAACAAUCCAUCAGAAUCAGUGUGGGAAAAACGACCCAAAUUGCAGAGCCCCACAACAACUUGAGAUGGACGACAUCAAGUCGUUAAAGAAGAGCACAUGGACCAUUUCACAUCAAUACCCCACUCCCCAUGUGCAAGUUUUUGCCUUUCCCAUAUGCAUUUUGGGGUCUGAUGUGACGCGACCCAUUUGGAUGGACGAACAUGGGGUAUUAACUCACACACCAUUGUCUUCUUCUUCUUCUUCCUCUCCUCCUCUUCACAAAAAAUGGAAGUAACGUCCGUUGCCUACUUUUACACACAGGAUGUUGGACAUCUUCUUCUCUCUCUUGACGGUUUCACUCACCACGAUCCUUUCGCCAUCCGAGUAACGAACUCUCCGCGUUUCGGUUUGUCUGGUUGUAACUAUUUCCAGCUUCUGCCCGUUGUGAUAACGUCUAUAAUGUGCAUAUGGACAAGCUGCCUUUCUUCUUAUCUUUAUAGAACCCUAGCCAUUAAGAUGGACUACGCUUAAUCAUUCAAUACUAUCUCUUCCUUUUCCUUUUCUAGGCGUGACGAAACAACGGAGGGAAAUCCGCCUACAGUGAGCCCAGGUCCGUCCAUGUUCUCAAUUAGCUGCCAUCUUAUCUUUUUCGCCUCCCCCUUUUGCUUACCCCAAUUGCGUAGCCACACUACUGCACUGCACUGCACACACACAUUUCACACUAACUAAAGUGUCCCGCGGCUGGCUAACCUACUCAAAAGGAAAAUUCAAUGUUUCAUUUUUCAAAUCGAAAGAAAGAGAUGAAAAUUGUUGAUAAAAAAGAACAGAUAUAAAACACGGACACGGAUUUACGUGGUAUCCCUGGUGAAUCCAGGACUAAUCCACGAGAGAGCUUGAACACUCUUCGACGACUCGUUUUUCUUAUCAGAUUUGUUAAGCGCACAAAAUGAACUAUCAUACCUACAAAUAGCUAGUUCCAGCCAAACCCUCCACGAUUUCAACAUCUCCUAGUGGACUUAUUAUGGGUUGCAUGGGCUUGAGACAAAGGGCCCACUACACUACACAUAUACGUAAGAAUACAAGGCUGUGGAUUAG